GCUCCGGCUGGCUGUCUCCAGACUCUCUUUCUCUUCCUCUUUGAAACUCUGCUGGGCAUCGUUGCGCGUCAAAACAUUGCGUCUCUGCAGGACUUGCCAGGGCCGAGAGAGAGAAGAGGAAAUUUGCCUGGGAAGGAAUGCGAAAGGGGGUUUAGGAUUGGCACUGCCACGAGGAAAACGAGGAGGUGCGACAUUUUCCAGUCUACGUGGAGAUCCGUUUUUUCUUCCCUUCAAAGGUGUUCGCCUCCCGACCCACCGCCCACCACGGCCCUCACCUGUGUGUUGCGGUGCUUCCCCUGUGAGCCGACCUGGGCUGGCAGUCCCUUCUUGCACCGCCCGCCAACCCCGCCCAUGGUCAGAAUGACACGCUCCAAGACCUUCCAGGCGUACCUGCCGAGCUGCCACCGAACCUACAGCUGCAUCCACUGCCGAGCUCACCUUGCGAACCAUGACGAGCUCAUCUCCAAGUCGUUCCAGGGCAGCCAGGGCAGAGCCUACCUGUUCAACUCAGUGGUGAACGUCGGGUGUGGCCCUGCGGAGGAGAGAGUUCUGCUCACGGGUCUGCACGCUGUAGCAGAUAUCUACUGUGAGAACUGCAAGACGACCCUGGGAUGGAAAUACGAACAUGCCUUUGAGAGCAGUCAGAAGUAUAAAGAGGGCAAGUUCAUCAUCGAGCUGGCCCACAUGAUCAAGGACAACGGCUGGGACUGAGGGACGAGUAGCCGGGACACAACCACAGCGGAGGGGAGGGGAGGGGGCUGGGUGAAUGGAUGGAUGGACGGACAAAUGGAUGGGAGGGAGGGAGGUUGUGUGAGGUGGGUGAGUGUGUGACUUUGGUUUGGCUGAUUUACCAUUAACCUCUGUAACUCUCUGCCCAUCCCUCCCUACCACACCUCUUGAUGUAGACACACAAACACACACACACAAACAAACACACACACACACACACACAUACAUCAAGGUCCCAGACAUCCCAGCUUGACAGAGAGAGACAGACUAGGCAGGCUUGUACGCAGCUAGCAGGACUAGGUGACUGGCCAGCAACGGUAGAUGAGACAAAAGGUCUCUUUUUGAUACUGAAACGUGAUUUGAUAACUCUUAAAAAGGUGGCAACACUCCCUCUGAACCUGCAGGAACGUCAGUGUGUGAGGUAUUCUAACUUGUUUAACAAUAAACCGGUUAUUAGCAGGUCACUCAGUGGAAAUGUAUCCAGAAGGACCAGAUGAACCCUGGUGGGGUUCAGUGGCCUUGCUUGAAGAGCUGACGGGCAUUCGCUCUGUUCCCAAUGUGAAUGAGAUGACCUAAGAUGAUUAUAGCAAAUCCAGCUGAUUGGGGCCAUGCCAGCUGGGCCAGUGAUGAGGCCUGGCGCUGAGGCUUGGCACGGAGGCCCGAGCACAUGGGCGUUAGGUUGUGGCGGAUGGGGUGGGUGCAGGGAUUGCCGCCCACCAGGCCGCUCACUGAACAUGUAGGGAGGGGCAGCGGGGAGGAAAGAUCCUGAUCCAAUUAUGCAGUGGGUUUGAUGGCUUCUGGCUGGGAUCCACUCCAUGCCUUGCCAGCGAUGCAGCUCAGGACGGGGCAGGGUGGGCCGAGAGCGAAAGAGAUACAGACAGACAGCCACCGGCUUGUCCUAAAACCUCGCAGGAAUUUGCCCUCGCAGCAGCAAGGCAGGUCCCCUGGGUUUUAUUCACCCUUCGAUACACCGAGUCGUGUAAAGUGAUCUGCUGAUCCGCUUCGUGUAUGUCUGGGUCUACCUUUGUUACUUGGCCAGAUAGAAUUACACAACAUAAGCGUGUCUCAGGUGGACGACUUUGGCUGGGAUUCCCAAAGGUUUUGCGAGCACUGUGAGCGUCUUUCUACUGUUGUAGGUCAGCUGCAAACAAAUACUUUGAUUUGAAGAAACUGUUAAACAAAUGGCCGCAACGCAUGACUGGAUUCAUGGGCCGAGGGAAAAUGCAACGUUAAAAAAGAUAACUUUUUAUGAAGUUACAUGUUAUUCACAUGACCACAGAGGUGUGUACUGUAGAUGCAUAUGUAUAAAAGGUAAUACCCAUCACUCUUAGGCUCUCUUUCAGUCUGGGAUGACUGCUGUUUAACUGCUGUCACACUAGUUCUUCACUAACUGACCAGAAUAAAACACUAUAACAAACCUACUGGGCAACAUUAUGGCGCAAUGUAAUGGACAGACUUCUUAUUCUUUUGUCCUUAAUGCACCAACACAUUAUUUACUUAGGUUUUGCUCCAGUUUUAGAUAAUUCUUGUUUUUUCUUAUUUUUCCCACCUCAUUUAGCUUACUAAAUAUUCCCUGUUAUGACACCUGGGUAAUAUUUGAGGUAACGUUAAUGGGUAACAUUGCUCAGGUACCUUGAUGGAUGGUAACUCUCCUUUGCUCAGGCCAGGAUCCUACUUAAUGUGCUGAAUGUGUUAUUCUCUAAUGGAAAUGUGUUAUUUUCAUAUGAGAGAAUCCAUUACUUCCUCCAUCCUGUGGAAAUGCAUCUUUCUUGCAUGCACAAGCUAAAAACUCUGGCCAGUUUUGUGUCAGUCUUCAUCAUGUGUUCGUGAAAAGAAAAGCAAUGAAACCUUGUGCUUUAAUACAACAAUUAGUAACCACGUCCGCAAAUACUUCUGCAGCGACACAAAAGCAUUACAGAUAUAAAUGUGAUCCUGGUUAAGGGAAGUGAAAUUAGUUGCCCUGUGUGUCACACAUUGUUUCCCUGUUGCUGUUGCAAACAUUGCCCCUAAAAGUUGCCCUGCUCAAAACUCUCCAGUUACAACCAAACCGUAAAUAGAGUAACUCUUCAGUAACACACAGCAGCUGACUGCUCAGUCGGAGGCUGUGAUAUAAAACCCAGCACAACCAAAGAACCCACCCAUCAACAAUAAAUUGACCAAACAAAAGAUCUCAUUUUGCUU